GAGAUUCGUUUCAUUGCGCAUCGUCAGCUGGUAGUGGCAGGACGCGCGCUCGUUGGCUGUCCGCAAACUGAACUGUACUAAGCGAACUGAAAAAAAAACAGUCGCGAAACGCGUGUGUUCUGUGCGUCCCAGUGUUCGUACCAGUGUCAUUGUGACAAAUUCCUAUUUGUUCCAAAGUUCUACCCGAAGGGUGGUGGUGUUGAGUGGUGGUGAGUGCUACGAGUGGUUUGGAGAUACGCGAGCGCUGAGCUUAGUGCGGCUUAGUGUGUGUGGCCGGUUGACCUCCUUUGUUUUAGUGCGCCAAUUACACUACACCCCGCUCGUUGAAGUUCAUUGUCGAUUGAGGGGGGGUUGAAACGGGAAAAUUUAAACAAAAGGAGGUAGGCGGGCACCCUUAGAGGCGGUUGAAGCAGCAGCAGCAGCAGUAGCCGCAAUAGCAGCAACAUCAACAGCAUCAACUGACCCCCAAAUCCCGAGCUAAUAAAGCUGCAACGAACGAGUGAUUGAGAGUGUUCCUGAGGAUCUAAUAUUGUGUUUUGUCCUAGUGAUGUGACAAUUGUGAGUUCCGUUUUAUGUGCUGCCAAUAGAAUGGCCUUAUGUAGCCACAAAGUGUCCCUAAGCAUAGCAAGUACAUUGAAGCGUUUGUGUCCGUGUUUGAGCAAGUGUUGCCAGUGAGUAAUAACGGUGCUCCCCAAAGUGAAGUGGAUCGAAACCAUGGCGCUAGUGAACUAUACCCUGCCCUUUGGCAACAUUCAGGCCCCGACGUGGGCCACCGCAAGUCCGCUGCAAAACCAGCACGCCUCGGCUGUGAACAAUCUGCUGUACGGUCCCGCCGGUCAUCAGGGCGACGAUCAGGACUACUACAAAAAUGCACCCUAUGCACCACCGCAGCGGCAAGCAAAGCAAUCUCCUCAGCAGCAGCAACACUCUAUUCAGUACCGACAGACGCCCCGCAACAACUACUUGCCUCCUCCAUCGUUCGUACCGCCCGGCGCUAACUAUUCACCCGGACCGACGCCACCUCCGCAAGCACAGCAAUCCCCGCCGGCGCCGGGUCGAACGUACGGUGAAGGUUCGUACGCGGACGGCAGCCCAACGAACGGGGGCACCCCAGCUCAGCAGCAGCAGCAGCAACCCGCACAGCAACCACCACCGGCACAGCAGCCCGCCUACUACGAGUACUCGUCGGGGAGCUACGCCACGCAACCGGGGCGCCCGUUUGCGGAGCAGCACGCCAACCCGGAGACCGGGACGAACUAUCGCAGCAGUACGCCGCAGCAGGCGGCGGCACCGGCCCCGCCGGCGGUACCGCGAACGCCCGCGAACGUUCAGGGCGGCGCCGGCAGCUACGUCCAGCGGCCGGCCGUGUUUGCGAGCGUGGGACCGGCCGGGACGCGCACCUCCAUCCAUCCGGUGCUGGACUACGACGAGGAGGACGAUGACGAUUACUACGACGAAGCGGUGGAGGUGACUCCGAUUGUUGGGAUCUCAGAUAAUCGUAAAAACUCUCGCAUGCCAACAGUCACACCGAUCCAGGGGCCCAUAUUUAUAAAGAAUGGGACCGUUCCUGUCGUGCCAUUAUUCGCCUAUCCUCAAGUCAGCAACGGAACGUUCAUCCAAAUACCGAUCUGGUGGACAGCUUUAUCCGUCGCGCUCGGGCUCAGCAUUCACGGAGAUGUCAUCAGAGGUGUUCCCUGCAUAAAGAAGUACCAUCAACUGUUCUGCCCGACGGCGGGCAAUACCUAUCCUAGCGACAAGAUUGAGAUGUUCAUCGACGAGAACAAAGCACUAAUGAAGCGAAUGUACGGUGACUUCGAGAUGGCAUCACGGUUACCAUCGGCCGGGCCGGGGCGGAAGCGAAAGCGGAGCACGCCCGGCGACCCGUACGACGAUGGCGACGACUUUACGCUGCUGCCCGAGCUGAUGGACCUGUACGGGGAGCCGGGCGGCGAGGUACGGAUCGGGGGCGACUCGUACUUCAGCAAGCUGCGCAAGAAGCGCCAGAACACCAGCUCCAGGGGCAGCAAUAACGGAGGGCGUGGGGGAAGCUCCAGCAGCGGAGGAUCGGGCACGAACGCACGCCAGACGGCCACACCGGCGAAUGGAAAUGGGGGUGGCACGGGCGAAUCCAACACGGGCAGGGUUGAUGCGUGCGAAUCGAAGAUCGAGAUAGUGACGCCAUACUGGGCGACGAAUUCGGCCGGCAAGGUGCGCGCCAUCGUCAACACGCAGCACUUUGAGCAGGCGAUCCACCAGGAAGUGUGUUCCAGUAAAACCCAAACGAACCGUUGCUCCGGCGACUGUGGCUGUGAGCAGAAGUACAAAUGGCACCGACUGCUAGCGUACGAUCCGGACAACGACUGUAAGGGCAUCUUUAUGGACUGGUUCCUGUUUCCGUCCUGCUGCGUCUGCCGGUGCAAUCCUUAGCUGCUGCGCGCCUUGUCACACCUGUGGUCCGGGGAGACACCAAAUUGAAUUGAGAUUUUUGUUUAUUCGUCUGUUAGAGGGAGAGAGAGGAUGAGCCCAAACCAACCAAGUCCAAGGGUGUGUAAGACACCAUCGCUCUGCGUUCCGACGCACUUUUAGCUUGUAUCGCUUUCUUUUCCAAUUUCUUUCCAUUUUUACGCUGUAUGUGUUAUUUUGUAAAGCAUCAUCUAUCCGUUUUUACUCUGCUCUCAAGCAUAACAAUAAAUGUGGAAACUACUUACUGCGAGUGAAGUGCAGUUGCGUGUGG